CCAUCUUGGAUCCUUCACUUAUUGCACAAAACUCUUAUUCUUUCAAAAGCUCUCUGUCUCUGUCUUUCUCUCCCUCUCCAAGAGAGAGAGCUUUAUCUUCUUGAUUUUGCUUUUCAUGGCUCCUCUCACUUUCUUACCAGACCACUCAGAGCAGGGAAAACAACCUUCCAAACGCAACCGCAAGCUGCAAAAGCAAAAGCAAAAAAAGCCAUCAUCGUGGGACCAAAUCAAGAACUUGCUCACAUGUAAGCAGAUCGAAGGAUCAAGCGUACAUGAUCCAUCAAAGAACCAUAAUGGAUACUCAAAGCUGGGUUCUUCCUGCAGCUCUAUAUGCAGUUUCAGAGACGUUGUUCAUGGAAACACAAGGGUUGUUCACAGAGCUGAUAAUUCACCCGAGAGUAGCACAGUGGGUCAAGAAACUGGGCUGUUGAGUCGAAAAGCUGUUAGUGGGUCAUCUACUAGGUCACUGGCGAGUUCAGGGAGAUCCAAACCUGGCGCAACCUAUACCUCAUCUUCAAAAGGCAUGCAAUUCAGGAAGCUUUAUGGUUGUUAUGAAUGUCACAUGAUCGUUGACCCGAGCAGGUACCCAUCUCCAAGGACUACAAUAUGCGCCUGCUCCCAGUGUGGAGAGGUCUUCCCCAAAGCUGAAAGCUUGGAGCUUCAUCAAAAAGUUCGCCAUGCUGUCUCAGAGCUGGGCCCAGAGGAUUCCGGUAGAAAUAUUGUCGAGAUCAUCUUCAAAUCAAGCUGGCUCAAGAAAGAUAACUCCAUCUGUAAGAUCGAACGGAUAUUAAAAGUCCACAACACUCAGCGCACGAUCCAACGGUUCGAGGAUUGCAGAGACGUAGUGAAGACGCGUGCAUUGAACAACACUAAAAAGAAUCCCAGGUGUGCAGCUGAUGGGAACGAGUUACUGCGAUUCCACUGCACGAGUCUAACAUGUGCUCUGGGCGCUCGCGGCUCGUCCAACUUGUGCAGUUCAAUCCCGGAUUGUGGUGUGUGCACCAUCAUCAGGCAUGGGUUCCAAGGCAAGGAGUGCAAAGGGGUGCGCACCACGGCGAGCAGCGGUGUGGCCCAUGACUCCCUCAUCGGCUGUACAGAUGGACAAAGGGCUAUGCUAGUGUGUCGCGUGAUUGCUGGGAGAGUGAAGCGCGUGGCGGAUGAUGUGCCGCCGCCAGAAGAGGAUGCUGCAACGUCAAUUGUUGGUACGUUAUAUGAUUCUGUAGCCGGGUGCAUCGGAAUUUACUCCAAUCUAGAGGAGCUGUUUGUUUUCAAUCCAAGGGCUAUUCUUCCUUGUUUCGUUGUAAUUUACCGUGUUGUUGAGUGCUGAUGAUCUGUACUGGAACAAAUCACAUUACUAGAUCAAUGGUUAAUGCGCCAUCGUUCUAUUGUGCAAUCAA